AUGGCAACGCGACAACCACCUGCGAAGCCCUCCCAAGGCAAGCAACCUCCAACUCCGCCCAAUCAAACCCUUUAUAUCACCGGUUUACCCUCCUCCAAGAUCCAGAAGGCCGACCUGAAGACCGCUCUGUACAUGCUGUUCUCCACCUACGGUCCUGUUUUCGAUGUCGUCGUUCUGAAGACCCUAAAGAUGCGUGGUCAAGCUCACGUUGUCUUCCGAGAUAUCCAAGCUGCUACCCAGGCCAUGCGCUCGCUCGAAGGCUUCGUCUUCUUGGGGCAACCAAUGAGGAUACAAUACGCCAAGGGCAAAUCAGACAUCAUCGCCAAGCUGGAUGGAACAUACAAGAUGCCCGAGACCGCCGGCGCUGUGGCCGCUCAGAUGACAGAGACCCAGCAAAGCAUCUUCAACGCCCCUGCUCCAGGCACUGCUGUACCUGCCACGGCCGCAGCUACAGCCGCUGCCCCGACCUCGACCCCGGCCGCUGCCUCUGGUCUUCCCGCAAAGCCUCCCACCGCGGCACGUGGCCAGAAACGCACUCGUGACGAAGAGGAGGAGGGGGAGGAGGACGAGGAGGAGAAGGAAGAGGAAAAGGACGAAGAAGAAGAGAGUGAUUCGGAUGUUGCUAUGGAGGAGGACAGUGACGACGAAUGA